AUGAGCUCGAUGGUGUCAUCUAUGCUGAAGACGGCCUCCUACUCUGUCAGGGCGGUUUGUCUCAUACACAUGAUCCACGUGCACUUUUACGAGUUCACAGAGACCCGCGGCGAGUCAAUGAUACCUACGAUCGCGGCCAGCAAUGACUACGUCCACGCGUUGAAGAAGUACCGCAACGGCAAGGGGCUCCGUGUUGGCGAUUGCAUUGUGGCGGUCAAGCCCACGGAUCCCGACCAGCGGGUGUGCAAGCGGAUAUCUGGUAUGCCCGGCGAUUACAUACUGGUCGACCCAAGCAUUGGGUCGAAACAAAAUUACAAGCUGGACGAGCUAGACGCGGAGACCGAGAAGCAGAUGGAUGAGCACUUCAACGCAUACAUCCGGGUGCCCGAGGGGCAUGUGUGGAUCACAGGAGAUAACCUUUCGCAUUCGUUGGACUCGCGCAGCUACAACUCGCUGCCAAUGGCCCUGAUCAUCGGCAAGAUAGUCGCAGCCAACGACUUCAACGAGCCGUUCUGGGGUGGAGCCAAGGGAAACUUUUGGGGCUUCCGACGCAUCACCAAUACGUAUGUGAUCGAGGAGGAAUAG